AUGACUGCUGCAACAACAACAACCGCCACACCGACAACAACAACUGCUGCCCCAACAACAACGGCUGCUGCCCAAUUAACAACUGCUGCCCCAACAACAACCGCGACACCGACAACAACAGCUGCCGCCCCAACAACAACUGCAGCCCCAACAACAACAACUGCUGUCCCAACAACAACUGCAGCACCAACGACAAUGGCCACACCGACAACAACAACUGCAGCCCCAACAACAACGGCUGCUGACCCAACAACAACUGCAGCCCUUACAACAACAACUGCCGCCCCAACAACGGCUGCUGCCCAAACGAGAGCAACUGCAGCACCAACAACAACUGCCACCCCAACAACAACGGCUGCCGCCCCAACUACAGCAAUUGCAGCACCAACAUCAACUGCCGCCCCAACUACACCUGCAGCACCAACAAAAACGGCCACUCCAACGACUGCAGCCCCAACAACAACUUCUGCCCCAACAACAACAACUGCCGCCCCAACAACAACUGCUGCAGAAACAACAACAACUGCAGCCCUGACGACAACAACUGCUGCCCCAACAACAACGGCCACACCGACAACAACAGCUGCCGCCCCAACAACAACGGCUGUUGACCCAACAACAACUGCAGCCCCAACAACGGCUGCUGCCCAAACAAGAGCAACUGCAGCACCAACAACAACUGCCACCCCAACAACAACGGCAGCCUCCCCAACGACAGCAAUUGCAGCACCAACAACAACUGCCGCCCCAACAACAACUGCAGCCCCUACAACUGCCGCAACAACAACUGCAGCCCCAACUACAUCUGCAGCACCAACAACUGCCACACCGACAACAACAACUGCUGCCCCAACAACAACUACUGUCCCGACAACAACUGCAGCACCAACAACGACUGCUGCCCCAACAACAACCGCCACACAGACAACAACAACUGCUGCCCCAACAACAACAACUGCUGCCCAAACAACAACCGCCACACCGACAACAACAACUGCUGCACCAACAACAACAACUGCAGCCCCAACUACAUCUGCAGCACCAAUAAAAACCGCCACACCGACAACAACAACUGAUGCCCCAACAUCAACUGCUGCCCCAACUACACCUGCAGCACCAACAACAACUGCUGCCGCAACAACAACUGCAGCCCCAACAACAACCGCCACACCGACAACAACAACUGCUGCCCCAACAACAACAACUGCUGCCCAAACAACAACUGCCACACUGACAACAACAACUGCUGCACAAACAACAACUGCCACACCGACAACAACAACUGCUGCCCCAACAACAACUGCCGCAACAACAACUAUUGCAGCCCCAACUACACCUGCAGCACCAACAACAACAGCUGCCGCCCCAACAACAACUUCUGUCCCAACAACAACUGCAGCCCCAACAACGACUGCUGCCCCAACAACAACCGCCACACCGACAACAACAACUGCUGCUCAAACAACAACUGCGGCCCCAACAACAACUGCAGCCCCAACUACAUCUACAGCACCAACAAAAACCGCCACACCGACAACAACAACAACAACUGAUGCCCCAACAUCAACUACUGCCCCAACUACAACUGCAGCCCCAACAACAACCGCCACACAGACAACAACAACUGCUGCCCCAACAACAUCAACUGCUGCCCAAACAACAACCGCCACACCGACAACAACAACUGCUGCACCAACAACAACAACUGCUGCCCCAACAACAACUGCCGUAACAACGACAACUGCUGCAGAAACAACGACUGCCACCCCAACAACAUCUGCCUCCCCAACAAUGACUGCCGCCCCAACAACAACAACAGUCCCAACUACAUCUGCAGCACCAACAACAACCGCCACACUGACAACAACAACAACUGAUGCCCCAACAUCAACUGCUGCCCCAACUACACCUGCAGCACCA